AUGCAUUUGAGCAGCUUCUCGUUGCUUGCUCUGGGAGCAGCAACCGCUAAUGCCUUCCGUGACACCUCGCCCUUCUUCCUUGCAUCGACGUCUGAGAUCCUCUCUACUUCAUCCCAGCUUAAAACCGCGCCGUCCUUGCUAGAUGACCUCUCCUCGAAGCUUAGCUCGUGUCCCUCCGACUACUAUGUCAUUGCUUCCCAACCCGGUGUUCAUAGCACCGACUUCGCGACUCGCAAGUCCGCACCCCGCCUGGGCGCGAAGAUGACAGGAAAGGAUAAGACUAUCCGAUCGACUGCGACUGUGAACGAAGUUGUGGGCGUGCUUGAAGCGAAGCAGAUUCAAAGCAUUAUCGAGAAGGAAUGUGGGGCGCAAACUACUGUUAUCGAUGGUUCCUCUGGCUCUUAUCCAUCCGACUUUGGCGCCGACCCCCGAGUCCUUUUUAUUAAUUUCCCAGUGCUUCCUCUGGGUAAGGAGAGGGCUCAGCAGCUUUCUGACAAUGAUGGCCUUCUUUCUGAUAUCAUCGAACGGAUACCUUCGUCGAAGAAGUACACCAUUCUCUACGUAACAUCACCUAGGGAAUUCGGGGAGUCCGACUCGGUUAUUUAUCAAUCCGAAACUGAUCCCUACCAAGAUCCUGUUCACAUGGAUUUGAAACGAGAUUUUGCGGCGCAUAGUCGUCGCUCGGAGCCUGCAUCUAACAAGUCACUCUUCCAAGAGUAUCAGUACCUCACACCAGGUCUCUUCAUGGGACUCAUGGCAACCUUUGUCUUCAUUAUGAUUUUGUAUGUCGGCUUCAGCGCCCUUGCCAGCCUGGAAGUCCCUUAUGCCGCUUUUGAAAAGGACACGUCCGCCAGUGUGCAGAAGAAGCAGCAGUGA